AUGUACGACGAAGAAGUGCGGUUUGCCCUGCGCCUCUUCGUGGACGGUCUCGCGCCGGAGCGAAAGAAAAAUGGCAUUUCGCUGAAGGUUCUGACUCUGUUCCUCAAGUCGAUUGGUGUCCACGGAGCUUCGAAGGCUCCGGCGGCGCUCGGCAAAUCUUCGGAACGGCAGCUGUUUUACGCGCUGGGUGGGCGGCAGGGCCCUUUCACAGAGGACGAGGUGUGCGAGCUGGUAGCGAAGUUGAGCAACUCGGAGCUGGAGCGCGUGCGCGUAGAGAAGGCGUUGCGACAGCUGCGGUCGAAAGAAGAUUUUCUGCGCGCCGCUGGGAGCUUCGGCCUCGUGGACUGUUUGCGCUUAUCGUCCGCGGAGUUGAAGUUCCUCGACUUUCUGGUGGCGGACGAGGAGGGCGCGCCAAAUGUUUUCGCGUACGACUUCAAAAGUUCGUUUGGGAAGAAAAAGGAAAAAGCGGUAGAUUUUGAGCCUAUGAAGAAGUACCUCGGGUACGCUGGGUAAAGUAGAAAGUGGCUUUGCUGCGAACGUAACACCACGACGAGCUGCGAUGCUACGAAGAAUGUGAAGGUGGCACUUUAGUUGCGUCACGAUGUUUGCAAGUGUUGUGUUUCAGUGAGAAGUAGAUUGCAUGGUCGAAGAGAGAGAAAAGAGGACGUACAAGCAAGCACG